GCAGCUCUAUUCUAAACAAUGCGAAUUAUAUCGAGUACUGCAAUCACUCGACAAGAGUAUGCAAAUAAUUUCAGAUACCGAGUUACUUUGCUGCAUUUGUAAUAUUAUCAGUUAGCCAGCCAGUUUAGCGUCAUGAUUUAGAGCUGGUUGUUAGAUGUGAUAUGCGUGUACGGGGUCAGGCGCCCCUCGAUUCGGUAUAAAGCAUGCACACCCUACUGAAUGUAAUUACAAUUCUUGGAGCUGUUUAACAGUACUUCCGCGCUCACGAUACCAUGUGCAAGAUAAAACAAGAAAAACUGGGCCAGAAGUGAGGGCAACGGCGUCUUAUCGUGAUACUCUCAGGAUUUAAGAAGGAGUCUCCUGCACCUCGCAACAUAAGUAAUUAAUUAUAGCACGAUCAUUGUUGACGGGGCUUACACACCAGAAAUUCGUAUGAGGUUUGCGACUUCGAAGAUGCUACCGUGUUUACCGUGGAGACGAAUCGUCAUCCUUGUUGCACUGUGGCGAGCAGCGUACUCGGAACGAUGGGAGAGCGGUUUGCGGAAGAGAUACGACGGCUACGGAGAAGACUGGAUGUUCAUGCCGGACGGUAACGGGCAGCCUCAAGUAGCGGUACUGAAGGUCCAAGACAGCGAGACGAGAGGCAUAUUGGACGGCUCGGAGAUAGUCUACAUGAUUUACACCCGAUCCGGCCCGAAAGAAGGCACGCGAAUGACCCUAAAUGACACCGUGAAUCUCGCCAGUUCUGACUUCAAGCCAUCACGCAAGACGAAGUUCAUAACGCACGGCUGGAAGUCGAGCGCCACGAGCGCCGGUCCUGUGAAGUUGAAAGAAGCUUUUCUCACUCACGGCGACUACAAUGUUAUCAUCGUGGACUGGGAACCGUUGGCCGCGAGUACCUUCUACCUAGGUCCGAUGCACAACACCGUGAGAGUCGGAGCCGACGCCGCUAACUUUAUCGACUUCUUGGUGAAGGAGACCGGGUUGAAGACGAAAGACGUUCAUUUUAUCGGUCAUUCCCUCGGGGCGCAUGUCGCCGGGAACGCUGGCAGUGCGACGACUUCCGGAAAGUUGAGCCGGGUGACGGGUUUAGAUCCAGCGUUACCGGGAUUCCAUGUGUUCGCCUCCGAAAAAACUCGACUAGAUCCUACCGACGCAGUAUUCGUUGACGUCAUACACUCUUGCGGGGGUGUAUUGGGCUUUCUUCAACCGUUGGGGAAAAUUGACUUCUAUCCGAACGCUGGUACAGCGAUUCAGCCGGGAUGUUGCUGCGUUCCCGAAAUGAUGGAGGCCUGCAGCCACGGACGAUCGUACGUCUAUUUCACGGAGAGCAUCAAUUCGAAGACGGGAUUGUCGGCUACGAAAUGCGACAGCUGGGACUCAUACAUGAGCGGCAAAUGCGCCGAUUCACAAGUGGUGCUUAUGGGAGAGCACGUUGAUCAAACGGCCAGUGGCUUAUUCUUCCUGAGAACUAGGUCAAGUGCACCGUACGCAUACACAUCGGAAAUUGUCGACAAUAAAAUUUGAAUAACAGUUCUCCUGCCGAAUAUCAAGUCAUGCGCCCGCGUGUGACGUAAGCUGUUCGUGGUAACUCGCGAUUCCCUGUCAAUCAAUUUGUCAACCGCAGAAAAAACGGCGAAUAUAAAAUGUCUGACUUUAAUAAAUAGUAAUUACAUUAUUUUACAUAUGACUGAGGCAUAAUAAAUGUAGCGACAGAAAGGA